UGGGCGUCGCUGCUGGGCGCUGCAGCGGUAGAAGGCAGAUGAUGGCGUGGAGGAGUCGAGCGGGCAGCUGGGUAGCAUGGAGCGGGGCAACAGGGGCGAUUCUCCCCCACCCCGGGGCUCACAGAGGGUUUCUCCUCCACCAUCAGCAGAGAUGCGGCUUCCGCAAGGUUGCCAAGAGGGUGGAGCCAAAGAAAGAGGCGGAGCAGGGUGAGCUGGUGCAGAAGAGGGGUGUGGCUCCUCCAGUAGAGCCGCCCACCCCGCAGUUGCCCAAAAGGUCAUUCAGGAGACUGGUGAAGCCGCUGGUGUUCACUGUGGGGUUUACAGGCUGUUCAUUCGGCGCAGCGGCGAUUUGGCAGUAUGAAAGCCUUAAGUCCCGCGUUCAGAGCUACUUCGACGAGGUGCGAGCUGAUUGGCUGGAUAAACUGCGGCCACAGAAGCACGGAGAUUUCCGCAAACAGGUGAAUCAGUGGUGGAACAGUCUGAGUGAAGGCCAGAGAACUGUUACCGGUAUCAUAGCGUCGAACGCGCUGGUGUUCUGCUGUUGGAGGAUCCCGUAUCUGCAGCGCACGAUGGUGAGAUACUUCACCUCUAACCCCGCCUCCAAGACGCUGUGCUGGCCGAUGCUGCUGUCCACCUUCAGUCACUACUCUCUGUUCCACAUGGCCGCCAACAUGUACGUCCUGUGGAGUUUCUCCUCCAGCAUCGUCAACAUGAUGGGCAGAGAGCAGUUCCUGGCCAUGUACCUGUCCGCAGGGGUCAUCUCCACGUUUGUCAGUUACGUGUGUAAAACAGCUACAGGCCGGUUAGGACCAUCACUGGGCGCGUCCGGGGCUAUAAUGACCGUCCUGGCAGCCGUGUGCACGAAGAUGCCUGAAGCUAAACUGGCCAUCAUCUUCCUCCCCAUGUACACCUUCACCGCUGGAAACGCGCUGAAGACCAUCGUUGCCCUGGAUACGGCAGGCCUGAUUAUGGGAUGGCGCUUCUUCGACCAUGCUGCUCAUUUGGGAGGAGCGUUGUUUGGCAUAUGGUACGUCCUGUACGGUCACGAGCUGAUCUGGAAGAACAGAGAACCGCUGGUGAAGAUAUGGCACAACUUCAGGACCCGCGGCCCUGGGUCCAGCUCCGGCUCUGGGGGCGACGGCUCCAUCUAGAGGAGUGUGAGAAAAUGACAGGACAAGCAGCCACAGCAAGAGAGGAGAGGAGAGGAGAGGAGAGCAAACGGACCACACACUCUUUCUCACACACACACACACACACACACACACACGUCGUACAGUAAUAGGUUCCACUCAGGUACAUCUUGAAUUGAUUGACCCAGAUACUCCGCCCGCUAAUGUGCUCCUGAUGUGAGGUUGGACAAACUUUAUGGAAAACUCCUGUUAAUUUAGGCUGGAGUUUAGAUUCGAGACGUUUAGAUUCGAGACACACUGUGGUCUUGCAGAUAAUCAAAAUCUUAGGGGUCCAGUCAUCAUUUCAUAACGAGAUGAGGGCAACCAUGAGAGGUUUGGGUGCUAAAUAUAGAUUUAUUAGGGUGGGAACAAACUGGGUGUGAAAUUGCUAAACCAGUCCAACAGUUCAUAAAGGCAGAGCUUCCAGCAGGGGGCGCUGCUGCGCUUGUCAACACUUUCCAACUGCCUUUAGCCCGUGGAUGUAGCGUAUGUAGCUGAAACAUAGUCCAGAAAAGUCCAGGUAAGCGUGCAGCUGUGAGCCACAUGUGCCGAGAUCACAGAAACAAUAAGCUUCUUACAAGCGAAAACAGCUCCGUAAGCCAAUGAUAGAAGGCUGUAAGGAUCUGGGGAUGGGGUCGUAGAGGGGGCGUGGCUAUAUAGGGGGCAGACUCUUAUUAGUGGCGCAAUCUAGCACCCAAAGUUUAACGAGCUGUCCCCAGAUGUGACCUCGUAACAAGACUAAACAAAACUAUGCACAUUUAAAACAACGGCAGAUUAGCCAUUGGGCUAACGUUAGGUCAGUUACUGGAUUAAAAAAUUAGUUGAAUGGGAUUUUUAUCCAAUCUCACAAUAGUAGCUACCAGGGACAUGAGGGGGCUGCAGCACCCCCAGAUUUCAGGAUUGUUUUAUUGCUAAAAAUAACAGCUGCCAAAUAACAAAAGACCUGAAUUUUUUAAUGUUUCCAGCACCUGUUUGUAAAGUGGAGCCUAUGUUUUUGUUUCAUUUUGUUUAUAGGUGUUUAAAAUCUGCAGUAGCCGUGUGCGAUUAAGCUAACGCCGCAUUUUGUAGUUUAACGUUCUUUAGAAAAACAUAAAAUUUUCAACCAACAUAAUGAGUCUUUCAUAUCGAUAUAUUUUGACCAUUGUAAUAAUCUAAUGCUUCAUAUGCUUAUGUAGCUUAACUAUAGAGGGCGCCACAACCAGUUUCCCCACCUCAUAUCACCAAUCUGAUUGGUUGAUGCUCAGCUCAUUUGCAUAAAGUUUGUCCAGUAAGAGAGAGUAGCUGUCAUCUCUUGCCAAACAAUCCAAAUGAAGGAAAUAAUGUUGUUUAGCUGGACAUCUUGUUGAUCACAUAAAUGCUGCUACAAAUUUUAUGCCGUCCCUCAAAACGCCGUCGCACGUCCAUGCUAGCUACGAAAGAACACAUUUGUGGGUGGAGUCUGUUAAAGAGCAUCUCGGAUGGUUUAUUUUGAGAUUUGGUAGUAAAUUUUCUCCUGAGCUGCUGUGUAAAGUAGCACCUCCUCAGAAGAGGAGAUCGAGAUCGUUCGUAGAGCAAAAUCAAAACUCUAACCAGUCAUAAUGAGGUCCAGCAGGAUCGUCAGCUCUAGACCUGCGGGCCAGAACGCACUGAAGCUGUACAGCAAAGUAAAUGUUGUAGAGUCUGCAGAUUUGUUUUUUUGGGGUUUUUUUGUUUUGUUUUUUUUGGAAAUUAAUAAAAUGUUUAUUUAAGGUCAGAGAAAUCCCAAGUGGUCUGUCAGUAAAAGUUACACACAUCCUUCCCAGAUUCAGGAUGAGGAAAAAUGCAGAAGAUCUUGUUCUAAGGUGCUGAAAUUUGGUGGACGUACACGCUGGAUGAAGAUCUAACAGCACCUCUUAAAUUUUGGUUAUUUUUUAUUUCUUAGCAGCUUCUCAUGUUCUGUCGAAAUCAGUUCUCACCAAGUGACCAAAGAACUAAGAUCAAUAAUAAUAAUAGAAGGUGAUAUCAGUGGGUGAAUAGUGGAGUGUUCAGUCAGUCUAUAAGCACGUUUUGGCCUGAAGGUGGAGCUAGAGGAACUUGUCACUGAUGGAGGGAGUGAUUCCUCCUCAGGCUGACAUAAAACACCCUGAAUAGAAGGAAAACAGAGAGAAAAGGGCAGCACCUCCCACUGCCCCCACAGCUCACCUCUUACUCCACACUGGAACUUUCUGAAUUUGUCCAUUUAGUGGAAUUCAGUCUGGACACAAAUCAAAUUUACACUGUUAUGGUUGCUGUCAGAAUUCAGAAGCCAGGAUACUGUUUUUAUCUGCAGCUUUGAGCUGUAACAGCUUUUAAUAGUCUAACGUCCUUUUGGUUCUUACGAAUUUGUCUGACUACUCCAUGUUUUUAGAUCACAGUGAGUCAUGCAGUGUCAUAAACCACGCCAUCAAGAUUGGUAGAGAUACUGAACAACUCCAUAUGGUUUCCACUUCCUGUGUUUCCAAGGAUCAUCAUCCCAGGGAUUCUGUUUUCUCUGCGUUCCUAGGGUCCUAUGUUCUUUGGGCUCUUUGUGUGAUACAUCAAACCUCAAUAUGAUACAUUAAGAUAACCUAUGAAAGAGUUCUGAGGGUCAUUAGGUCACCAGAGGUCAUACAAAGAACAACGAGCAGCAUUACUUUUUCAAUAGGAGCACACUAUUUUCCCAGAAGCCGAUGUUCCCAGAGCCAUUUGUUCCCAGAACCCAAUGUUCACAGGGUCCUAUGUUCCCAGAAUCUAAGUUCCCAGAACGUAUGUUCACAGGGUCCUGUGUUCCCAUAACCCUAUGUUCCUAGAACCCUAUUGUUCACACUGUCUCAUGUUCCCAGAGCCCUAUGUUUCCUAUGUCCUAUGUUUCCAGGGCACCACAUUCCCAGGAUUCUCUGAUCCCAGGGUCAUAUUUUCCCAGAGCCCUACGUUCCCAAUGUCCUAUGUUCCUAGAGCCGUACGUUCCCAUGGUCCUAGGUUCCCAGAGCCCUACAUUCCCGAGGUCUUAUGUUCCCAGAGCCCUUGGUUCCCAAGGUCCCAUGUUCCCAGGUCCUAUGCUCCCAGGGUCCUGUGUUCACAGAGCCCUACGUUCCCAAGGUGCCAUGUUCCCAGGUCCUAUGGUCCCAGGGUCCUGUGUUCACAGAGCCCUACGUUCCCAAGGUCCAAUGUUCCCAGAGCCCUACAUUCCCAAGGUCCUAUGUUCCCAGAUCCUGUGCUCCCAGGGUCCCAAGGUCCUAUGUUCCCAGAGCCCUACAUUCCCAAGGUCCUAUGUUCCCAGGGUCCUAUGUCCCCAAGGUCCUAUGUUCCCAGGGUCCUAUGUCCCCAAGGUCCUAUGUUCCCAGGGUCCUAUGUCCCCAAGGUCCUAUGUUCCCAGAGCCCUAUGUACCCAAGGUCCUAUGUUCCCAGAACCCUGUCUUUUCAGAGUCCUAUGUUCCCAGGGCCCUUUAUUCCCUGUCUGUUGCAUUUUCAAUAGGAACUCACUUGUUUUGGCUAGACUGUCCUCAGUGAGCUAAUAAAUUAACUUAAGCAAACUGUGUAA